AUGAGGGUUUUGCUAAGUAUAAGGGCGGCUUUCGCCCUUUCAGUUGCUGGUAUGCUCAGCAAGUUCCAUGGCCAGCCUGAAAGCUAUGAUAAGAAGGCGAAAUACAAAUUCGGUCGAACCCUCGGUGCGGGAACAUAUGGCAUUGUCCGAGAGGCAGACGGGCCAACAGGAAAGGUCGCUAUAAAAAUCAUCCUCAAGAAGAAUGUCAAGGGCAACGAGCAAAUGGUGUACGAUGAACUCGAAAUGCUGCAAUGCCUGAAGCACCCACAUAUUGUCCAGUUCGUGGACUGGUUUGAGUCGAGGGAUAAAUACUAUAUCGUCACGGAACUUGCUACUGGGGGAGAAUUGUUCGAUCGUAUCUGCGAGCAGGGCAAAUUCACAGAGAAGGAUGCCUCCCAAACUAUCCGACAAGUCCUUGAAGCUGUUGACUACCUACAUGACAACAAUGUCGUGCACCGAGAUCUCAAACCUGAAAAUCUACUCUAUCUUACAGCAAAACCCCAGUCCGACCUUGUUCUUGCCGACUUUGGAAUCGCCAAGAUGCUUGAUUCCAAAGACGAGGUGCUGACAACCAUGGCUGGGUCAUUUGGCUAUGCCGCCCCUGAAAUCAUGUUAAAGAGGGGCCACGGGAAGCCUGUAGAUAUGUGGUCUAUGGGUGUCAUCACCUACACCCUCCUUUGCGGAUACUCUCCUUUCCGAAGCGAGAAUAUCCAGGAUCUUGUCGACGAGUGCAGCAGCGGGAAAGUUAUCUUCCACGAAAGAUACUGGAAGGAAGUUAGCGAUGAUGCAAAGGACUUCAUAGGACAUUUACUGCAGCCAAAUCCAGAUGACAGACUAUCAAGCAAGGAAACAUUAAAGCAUCCAUGGCUCAGCGGUGAGAACGCCACCGACCACAAUCUUCUACCUGAGAUCAGGGCAUAUAUUGCCAAGGCACGCCUCCGCCGCGGUAUCGAGUUCGUCAAGCUUGCAAACCGCAUCGAAGCGCUCAAGAUGCAAGAGGAUGACGAGGAGUCCGGGCCCGGCCAAAACGACGUUCCACAGGACUCGUCGAAAGCUGCAGCUGGAGCAGCGCUUCCCGGACAAGCUGCUGGUGCUACCCCAGGGCCCAGUACCGAUAGUGCCCCCGCACCUGCCAAGAGGAGCCUGAGCAAUAUUGCCAAGGGUGCCAUUUUCAAAGAGGUAGUAUUGGCGAAGGUAAAGGAGAUGAAGGAACAGGAGAAUGUGCUGAAGGUGGAACAGGAAGCGCAGGCAGCUGCCUCCAAGACCAAGAGCUUCCCGCAAUAA